AUGUCGACUACGCCUGAAAAGGGCAGGAAGGAGUUCUGCUACACCCACUGCCAGACUCCAGAGGGUCUUCCGCAAGCUGGAGCACUUGCAACGCCACAUAAGACGCCGUUCGUCCUCUUCCAUCCUCAUAGCCGCCGCACCGGUGGCGUUUCAAUCACUGGACUACUCCUUGCCAAAGCCGCAGGCGCCACUACAAUCGUGACCUCCUCCAGCGACGAGAAACUUGAGCUCGUCAAGUCCGAGUUUGGCUUCGACUACGGCGUCAACUACAAGACGCACCCGAAAUGGUCGAAGGAAGUCCUCCGUCUGACCGGCGGCGAGGGCGUCGACUACACUCUCGAGAAUAGCGGCUCUGGAACAAUCGCCGAGAGCAUCAACUCGGUCAAGAUGGGCGGCAAUGUUAGCGUGAUUGGCUUCUUGUCCCAGGCGAAGGAGAUGCCUGAUGUUGCUAGCCUCGCACUGGCCAAGGGGGCGGUUGUUCGUGGUAUUACUGUUGGCUCGACGCAGCUCCUCAAGGAGGUUGUCCGCUUUGUUGGCCGUAAGGGUCUCCGUUUGCCGGUGGAGAAGGACUUCGGCUUCUCUGCUGAGGAGGCUAUCAAGGCGAAGAUACUAAAAAUCAGCACACGGGGAAAUCCCAUAGCAAAGCUCAAAGCUAUCCUGGAAGACCUCGUCCGACCAGCAGACAACAUCCAGCGUCGUCCCCAGCCUCGCCGGGUCGGGGUUAUCCAAGGUGCCCUCAUUCCCCAGAUAGAACCGGCCCUGGAAGUCCGAGAACCGGAACGACUUGGCCGUCCUCGCCUUAACGCUCAACCACUCGCCCUCAAGCCCAAGCUUCUUCCUCCCGUCCUUCUCAAUCCAUUCAAUCGACACGCGGUCCUGGUUAAUCAUCGGCCGUUUGGUGGCAUCGCCAUCCCCGCCCUCAUCUGCGAUCGUCACCAUGAACCGCGACCGCUUCGUCGUCGACAGGCAGAUCAGGUUCCCGCAGCAGUACCAGUACGUGCUCGGGUAUCCGCGGCGCCGGAUGAAAUAGCUAUAUCCCGAGAGAUAGUCGUGGUCGAAGUCGCUGGCGGCCGGGAGCAGCUUCGCGCCGAGGUCUGGGUAGUUUCCCAUGCUGUAUAG